AUGGAGGCAUCUUGGCUCUGGAGAAAGCUGCGUGGCAAAAGGCGGCUGGUGAUGGCAUUCUGCCUCCUGAUGACUCUGUCUGCGGUGGCUGUCACUCGCUUCCCCCCACAGCAUCCUGCUACUGGCCCAGACCCUGGUCCCAUGGAGCCCCAGGAGGUAACGGGUGCCCUUGGCCCCCACAGCCGGCAGGCUCUGAGCUCCGGCUGGAGGCAGCGGGCAAGAGACCUAGGGCUCUGGAGAGGCUGGGCCUUGCCUAGCCCCAUGUGUGCUGGGGAGCAAGGCCACAGAGGACCAGUGGACAGAAGCAGGAAGUCCCUGGGAGGAGACAGCAGGCAUCCAGGGAGGGUCAGGAGGGACAUUACUUUGGCAUCUCUAGGAGAUUUGAGACUCAGUGCCCGGCGUCUUGUGCUCCUGGGGGAGGAUGAAGUUAGCAGUCCAGGAGCCAAAGACUUGGGUCCCCCCUGGCAUGAUGGUCUCAUCAGAGAGGCACAGAAUGAAACUGGCACCCUGGUUGGCCCCCUCACAGGACAUGGCAUGAUGGCUUUACAGGCUUGGAAAGCUACCGCUGGACCGACCCUCCGGUCCCACCCAGCAGAAGGCAGGAAUCUUCCAGGAUUGACUGGUGGGCGACAAACAGGGCAUCCCACACCAUCUGCAGGGGCUCGUCGGUGGCCUGGCUCUGUUGCGGAGCUGCAAGGAUCUGUCUGGUGUGAGGCUGAGACCCCUGGUCUGUUGACUGGCUUGAGGAGCAGUGGGCAGGCUCCCCCGUGGCUCACAGAGCAUGAUGUGCAAAUGCUGCGGCUGUUGGCCCAGGGGGAGGUGGUGGGCAAAGCCAGGGUGCCUGGCCAUGGGCAGGUGCUGCAGGUUGGCUUCUCCAAUGCGGGUGCCUCUCGGGACAUGUCUUCUGGGCUCAGCCAUCUCUGCUCCCAGGGGCUCUGCGGCCUGAUCAAGAGGCCUGGGGACCUGCUGGAGGUCCUGGCCUUCCACGUGGACCGUGUGCUGGGGCUGCACCGGAGCCUACCUGCUGUGGCCCGGAACUUCCGGAGCUCCCUGCUGCCCUACCGAUACACAGAUGGCAGCACAAGGCCCGUCAUCUGGUGGGCGCCCGAUGUGCAGCACCUGGGUGACCCAGACGAUGACCAGAACUCUCUGUCCUUGGGCUGGCUCCAGUACCAGGCCUUGUUGGCACGCGGCUGCAGCUGGCCAAGCCAGGCCCCCUGCCUGGGCCUCCACCACGCCGAGUGGGCACGCCUGGCACUCUUCGACUUCCUGCUGCAGGUCCAUGACCGCCUGGACCGCUACUGCUGCGGCUUUGAGCCCGAGCCGUCAGACCCCUGCGUGGAAGAGGGGCUCCGGGAGAAAUGCCGGAACCCGGGCGAGCUGCGACUGGUCCACAUCCUGGUCCGGAGCAGUGACCCAUCCCAUCUGGUCUACAUCGAUAACGCCGGCAACCUUCAACACCCCGAGGACAAGCUGAACUUUCGGCUGCUGGAGGGCAUAGAUGGGUUUCCUGAGUCUGUCGUGAAGGUUCUUGCAUCAGGGUGUCUACAGAAUAUGCUGCUCAAGUCACUGCAGAUGGACCCAGUGUUCUGGCAAAGCCAAGGCGGGAGACUGGGACUGACGCAGGUUCUCCAGACCCUGGAGCGGCGAGGACAGGUGCUGCUGGAACACAUCCGGAAGCACAACCUGACACUCUUCCAGGAUGAGGACUCGUGAGCUUGUGCAUUGCCCAGGCAGAGCUCCUGCCUCACUGGCGGGGUGCAUCACAACACCACUCGAGUGGAUGAGCAUCCACGCUGCUGGCCACAUUCUCCUGGGCUCCCAAACUUGAAGACAAAUGGGAAAAGCCAGAAUGUCACAGAAUGUGUCACCUGCUUGGGAUGGUGAAGGUGGUUGUGGGUGUUGGGUGUUCAAUCUUACCACAGUCCUUUCUGUCUUUUCAGCUCUGGCUGUUUACUCCCUUGCACCAAUAAAUAUUUUCAAGAACA